GCGAGGGGCUACUUCCGGUCUUGAGGUCCGUACAAAGCUGGUAGCAGAUCUUUCCGAAUCUUUGUCUUUGCAAUGUCUUUUCUUCAUUACAUUACCUUCAAGCUGGUUGUAAUAAGGGAUAAAAGAAUUGGCUCGAUAUACUACACUUUGGCAGCUGUCAUCGUCCUCUACACUCUGGCCGAAAUAUUUCUUAAGAAAGGUUAUCUGGAGGUGAGAAUAGUUGAAUCGAAACAGUACUACAUAUAUGUAUCAUUCUAGAAUAUUGCUUCCUUUCAUUUCUAGUUUUUACAAAGAAAAAAAGAGAAGAGAAUUCUGGUUUUGUAAGAUGUUGAACUGUGCAAGUCACUUUCCGCUAACGUUUUAUUACCCUAAAGAGAAACCAUAUUUCAUCAUUGCAUUAUCAUCAUCAUCCUGAUCAUGAUCACCAUCAUCAUCAUCAUCAACAUCGUCAUCAUCAUCAUUGUCAUCAUCAAUGUCUUUGCUGUCGUCAACACCAUCAUCCUGGCUUCCAUUUUUGUCAUCAUCGCCAUUACACAGUAUAACUGUAUUUUGAAUAUUAUGGGAUGUUAAUUUUUUAAUUUUUUAUCUGCACUCUUCCCUCCCUUCUCAGCCACACCUUUGUCAGAACAGUCCAACAAAUAAACCUUUGUACAAGUUUUCAUUCCUGUAGCAUGUUUCAUUUUGAAAAUACAGCAAUUUGAACUUCCUAGUUUUCACAGUGCAUGACACCAAAAAAGGAAUGCUUUCUCGUUGAAAAACAGUCUCUCCUCUUGGUUUUCAGCAGUAUAACCAUUUCAAGUAUUAGAAGAUAUGUUUAUGUGCACGUGUGCUGGUUCUCAAGGGAAAGAAAGAGCUUUUAUAAAAAAAACGAUCUCCAGAAGUUUUUGUUGAUUUCCGGCAGCCAUAUUUGUGGACCAAAAUGGUACACCAAUAUGGCAUCUCCAUACAAAGCUCUACAAAUGUGUGUGGGGCGUUUUGGCAAAUAACUCAGAAGCUGUGUGCCAGAAAGACCUGAGACUUGGGCAAAUUGUUUAUAUAUUAGUCUUUUAUAACAUUUCAUUUUAUUGACUUCUUCCACUGGACGGUUUCCAAUACUUUUUUGUUUCGUGACAGUGAAAAUGAUCUAUACUGAACUCCCCUUUUCAAAAACCUACAGUCCUAAUAUGGGAAGGGUAGAUGCAGAUGCCUGUAUGUGUAUAAGAUAAUAUAGCUUCCUUAUCUAGGGGUGUAACAUCCAUAUCUGACUUAUAACUAUAUAUAAUAAUUCUGAUAAUUUGCGUCUCUGGCCUUUUUUUUCCGUAAAAACUGUACCUUACCAACAACAUUAUGUGUAAAAUAAACAACUUAUAACUACUGUGUAUUCCUGUGUAUUAAUUUGCGGAAAAUGUCCUGCAGAAAAGGCUGGACAUGGCAUUUCCAAGACCCUAAAUUUCAGAAUUUUCUGGGGGAGCAUGCCCCCAUACCCUGUGAGGUUGGGCUGCCUUUGGCUCUACAACUUUUCUUCCCUGCAUGCGUACACCUUCAAUAUCUCAUGCUACGCCCCUGCCAUCAUUAUCAUCAGUUCCACUAUUAUUAUCAUGAUCGUGAAUCACUUCAUUAUCAUUAUAUUGCUAAUAAUAGUGUCAUGAGUACUACCAUAAAAGUUACCAUUACUAUUACACCUGUUGUUUGGGAAAAGGAAAACAGUCAAUAAAAAUUAUGGUUGUUUCAAUAUUCUAGUCAAAUUUUGCAGAUCCUGCUGUCUCCAUUUUAAAACACUGAAUGAAUAUCUUGAAGUCUUGAUUAUUUUUUACCACAGCUAAAAUUUUAGAACUCAAUCAGACCUGACACUGGACACUGAUUUUGUUCUUAUUCUGAAAUUUGGUUUUAGUUUGAUACAUCACCAGAAGCCACUAUGAGAUUCCUUCUCUCAGACCCUAAGGAGGAUGAUGCAAGCAAUAGUGAACAGACAUCUCGGAUGAGCAAUUUAAGCUACUGUUGUACCAAAGGUGUGGUAUACUAAAUCUAUAAAAUGCAGUACUGCAUUGCCAUUUGACAUGCUGCAUCAUACUCAUCAGUACAAGUGUCCAUAUAAUCUCUACAUACAUGUACAUGUUGACUCAGAGGUCCAUGUAUUGGCUACUAUUAUUUUUUUUAUAGCAAACAGUAGUUAACUGCCAUUAACCCAUGACAGGGUAAAAGUUGUUCUUUAAUAGACACAGACUUACAUUGCAUGACUUUAACCUGAUACCUUGAAUUAUAUAAUAUAGUACAUAGCAAAAAGUUCAUCACCGGAAUCAGAUCAAGAAUGGCUAUUUCAAUUUGGAACAGCUCAGCCAUUCUUCCUGCCCGACUCAGCGAGGAUGUUUUCCUUUGGAAAAAGACAUUCAAAUGCCAAACUUGUGAUGUACUAACUAAUUACAAAUGGAAUGGAAGAAUAAUUCUUCCAUUCCAUUUAUAAUUUAGUUAGUUAUUGAUUAUGGAAAACUAAAUAUGAUAUAAUUUGUGCAUCACAUGCUUCUAAUUUAUCAUACUUUUCAUCAAAAUAUUUUGCCAUUUCUGAUUGGCUCCAGUCCGCUUGCUAAUUCUUCAUAACCAACAGGCACUAACCAUAUUUGGAAGAUGUGAGCAAUAUACCAACAAUUCAAUGGUAUAAUUAUUUGAUUGGAAAUGAGACUGCAUAAGCAAUAGACUAUCGAUCAACUUCAUUUCCAGGAGUUGCCACCAAGCGGUUUAUUCAUGAGUUAACUAAAAAAAUGGCAUUCAUGGCUAUCCGACAAAGAAAUAGCUGAAUGUCUGACUAAAAGUAGAUGGAAAAAUUCCAAGAAUACGCAAAACAUAUUGCUCAAUGGAUCUUAUCUACCUUCAGCAGAGGCCUUCAGCCUUAGUGGAUAACAUCCUACUCAGCCUCAUUCAAUAAUAUUAUUGCUAAAUAUCAUAUUGCCUACAGAAAACUUUGAAAGGCACGUGAUAAUUAAAUAGAGCUUUUCAAAACCACUUCAGAGACGAUUGAGAGACAAACUCUCACCUCACCUCUCAAAAUAAUACUUUCAUCUCGCAAGAGACAUUAAAAUUAUUGUUUUGCAAAGUAUGUGUUUAUAACAACCUUGACUACUAAGUUUAAAAUAUCAAACAACAGGGAUAGAUUACUCUGACGUAUUUGGGUCAGUCAAAAAAAAUAAUGGCUUAUAAAUAAUUGUUUUGUACCCGACAUAUGGCAAAUGACAAAUUUUAGGUGAACCAACCAAGAUGUGUACACCGUGCCAGGUUUUGGAUGCUCGAGAAUUGUCGUGGCCAGUAGAGUCUCGCACAAUCAGUUUAACGACGUUUGCAAAAGAUCGAUGGCAAACAAGAAACACCUCUCUGGACAUUAUUUCAGAGUUUAAAACAGUAAGGUACCAGUAACUUAAAUUGUUGAUCUACACACCGUUCUUUUUACAGCUAAAGACAAUAAGCUAAAGUGUGGGGGUAACUGGCAAUUUUCUCUAUACGUUUAUACUCUUGAUCAGGCAUCAUUUUAAAGAGAGUUUGUUAAAUUCACAGUUAAUUAUUAUGAUGGUUAGCAAAUUUCGUAAACACUUGUAAUGGAAUUUUAAACACUUUGCAGGAAUUUUAUGGAUUUCAAACAAAGGUCUAGCUUGUUUCUUGUUUUCUCGGCCUUUGUCACGGUCUACCAUUUACCACCCUUAAUAAUAUUAUUUGUUUCCAUAAAAUAUCCUUACCUGCAUACCUUGGAAUGUCAUUUGAAAUUUCAAGUAAUAAUUAGAGGAAGGGGGAGGGGCUGAGGACCAAAGUUUUUAAAGGAAAGUAAUAUACAGUUGAACCUCCAUGUGCAACCACCUCCCAUAAGCGACCGCCAAUCCAAAACACCAAAAUUUUCGCAGUUAAAACGUUACAGUUGGAACCUCUAGUAAACGACCACCUCCUGUAAGUGACCGCGAAUACUUUUGGAGCCUGACAGUUAAUGAUUUUCCAUUGUUUUUAAUCUCUUGUAAGCGACCACCUGACGCAUUCUGUGAUCCCUAUGUCCGCUGUGUGCACUAUGCUACUAAGAAUAUACGAAGAACUUUAGUGACAACAUGGAACUACACAUGGCGUAACUUUAAAGACAUUCAUUGCAUGUAAUGAAUAUCUUCCAUUAAGUAGAUUUGUCUAGACUUCUUCGCGGAAGAGAUCCCCUGUGGUUUGAUUUGGAUUUUUUUAUAACUCUCCAGAGGGGUGAAGAAUAGAAACCAAAGAAAACCUCUGUUGGGGGUAGUAUGGAUUUUAUUUGACUGGAACAACACAUCAAUUACAUCAUUGCUUAUACACUGUAUAUCGUUUUUGUUUCAGAGAAAAAAUGUAUUUCACAGCUCAGCCAGAGUCAAUGAUGAUUAAAAUUGAACAUGCAGUGUUAGCAACAAAGUUUUCAGGAGGAAAGAAGGGAAACAGCAUGGCAGCUUCACAAAGAAAUAUGAAGGGAUUCCUCUACGGUCUGAACGGAACUAUUCUAAGAAGGCAAAGUAACUAGUUCCUUCAUCUUUGCUGAAAUCAUUUGUGUUCAUGCACAUUAUACAGGCCACUCUGCACAUUUUAUUUAAGACAAAGUCAAACUUACACGCACUUAUAUAGUUUGACCAAAUUUGUAUGUUAAAAGAUGCAUUGUUUGGAUGGACAAUAUCAAUGACAACAGUAUUUGCUUCAAUUCAUUUACAGUAAACUGCACUACAGUUUCCUUGCAAUUAAAGCUAUUUUAAAAAUUUAGUGAUUCUAUUUACCAAACAAAUAAGGAAAAUUCUCAUUGCGUCUUAUUACUUUUUUUGGUACCCCUAAAGGGCGGCAGUAAGAGUCACACGUGAGGAUCUCACCUGCGUGCCUGGAAAGAACACAUUUUCAGGAAACAAAACCGACUGUUUGCAGUUAAACGAUUACCGUAUUUCCUCGAAAGCUCGCUCGGGCGCUUAUUGAAAAUUUCAGAUAAAAGGAGAGGCACUUAUUAGAAGGAGAACGGUUAAUCGGGGGCUGGGGGGGGGGGGGCGCUUAUAAAGUUUUCCUUUCGAUGAACUGUAACUUUAUUUUGGCUAAAUGUAAAAUAGAAAAAAAAAAACUACAAAAUUAUCCCAACAAACGUGUAUUAAAUACUUUAUUUGUCUUUCGUUUUGUAACCAAGGGUACCUAAGAGUCCCACGUGGGGAUCUCCCCGCCGGGCCGGGAAAAAACACAUUUGCAGGAAAAAAACCCGACUUUUUGCGGUUAAACGAUUCCCGUAUUUCCCGAAAAGCCCGCUGGGGCGUUUAUUAAAAAUUUAAGAAAAAGGGGGGGCCUUUUAUUAGAGGGGAACGGUUUAAUGGGGGGCGGGGGGGGGGGAGGCGCUUAUAAAGUUUUCCUUUCGAUGAACUGUAACUUUAUUUUGGCUAAAUGUAAAAUAGAAAAACAAAAACUACAACAUUAUCCGAGCAAACGUGUAUUCAAUACUUUAUUUGUCUUUCGUUUGGUAACCAAGCGUACCACAGUCCCAUUACACACCUUGCACACAGUUGGAUCAGUAUGAAUGUUGUAAUUGAAGCUUAAAAAUGUAUAGGUAUAGGAGAAGUAGCAACCUUGCAUCCCUACUAUUAAUAGGAAGUUUAAGCAACAACGAUGGCGACGGCCAUGAGAACGGCAAAAAAAGCAGUAGGUUUAGAUUGACAAAACAACAACUUUGCACGUGCAUCACGCUUUUUUGUACAUUUCCUCGCCGUCGUUGCCCUACUACGACGUGAAACUGCGUAAUUUCACGUUUUGUGGAGGACGUAAACGCAAGAAAACUACCCUUUUUUUUUUCUUUUCAUGAACUUUGAUACAGUCCCGUAGAAUCCAACUCCAGUCAAAUUCGCCAACAUUUGACAAUUGAAAUUGAACGAGAUAGAGUAAACGCGAUAAAGUUUGAAGCAUCGCGAAUACACUUUUUAACUGACGUUUUCGUUGGCGCGUUUAUUCCAAUUUGCUGAAAAUUACAAAUGUAGGCGAAUUUGCCUGGGGUUGAUUCUUGAGGACCGCACUCAAGUUUAGAGAGAGAAAAAGAGAUUCGUCGUCGCCUGUUUACGUCCGCCAUUAAACUUUUAACUAGGCAUUUUCAAGUCGUAGUCGUGCAUAAAGAAAUGUACAAAAAAGCGUGAUGCACGUGCAAAGUUGUUGUUUUGCGCAAUAAACCUAUUGCUUUUUUGACGUCCUCGUUGCCGUGGCCGUCGUCGUUGCUAAAGCUCCCUAUUGCUUAAGCUCUCUAUUAACGAAGUGAGGGGGAAGGGGAAGCACGCUUAUUCGAGAGGGGCGCUUCUUUGAUAUUUUGACCUUGGUGUUGGGCGUUGAUUUGGUGGGAGGGCGCUUAGUAGAGCGUGGGCGCUUUUUCGAGGAAAUAUUGUAUGAGAUCAUAGUACCUUCUAGUGAUUUACAUUCAAAACUGCUAGCAAAGAUCGUCCCUUCACUUCCAGGUGGUGCAUGGUCCCUUUAUGAAACAGGGAGGUCCGAACAUGUGCACUCAAUAAAUAGUCUGACUCAUCUUUGUGUUCCCUCUGCUUCCACAGCCUUUCAAAUGAGGACAAUGGUCCUAGAGGCAGAGCAGACAAGUUUACUGUGCAGGAAAUUCUUCACGCCGCAGGAGUAGAAACUUUGGAUGAGCCAUCUGAUGCUCUUAAUGCCAAGGGAAAACCUUUUCGCCGCCAUGGGAUUGUUCUGCACGUGGCUGUCAAUUAUCAAAACUCCGACUCCAGUUUUCUUGGAACCGGGUAUUGGUUUUCAAGUAUUCUCACUUGUUUCAUUUCGUAGCCCGAGAAAACCGCCGACAAUUUUGCGAUGCCACCGCUGAUUUCCCGCGAAAUGACGUCUGAGAAACGAGCGCAGAAAUUCCAUACUGAUGACGUGUCAGUACCCAGAUCUGGGUAGUGCUUCUGAUUGGUUGAAGCAAAUCUCCCACGCGGAGUUGACUAAUCAGAAGCACUACUCAGAUCUAGGUAUUGACACGUCAUCAGUAUGGUUUUUCUGCCCUCGUUUCUCAAAUGUCAUUUCGCGCGGAAACCAGUGGUAGCGUCGCGAAAUGUCGGGUGUUUAGUUAGACUAUUCAUUUCGUUCACUGUUCACUCUAAAAUCCGGAUCCUUUGUCAGUGGAACUUGGCUUCCGGAUUCCAAUCGAUUGAUCUGAAUUACGGAUCCCAAAACAUAGGAUUCCGGAUUUCACAAGCAAAUAUUCCUGGAUUUCGGAAUCCGAAUCACCUUACGUGGGCCAAGAGGUUAGCUCUUGGAACAACCUAUCUUUUCUUCCCAAAAUGGGUAAUUCAUAGGUCUUGUUUUAUCUUGUAUCGUUUUUUCAAGAACUUAUAACAUUAUCUGUGUGGCUUUUAUUUUGUAGAGAUAUAACAUAUUCUUACCAUGUGAGGCGGAUUCCGUAUGCAGACUACAGAGUUAACGAGGUCAUUCCUGUGCUUAGUGAAAAAGAUUUUACAGACUCCAGUCAAAUGGGACCUCAAGAGAAACGGCUGUUUAGGAAACGCUAUGGCAUCAAAAUAGAAUUCCAUCAAACCGGUCGAUUAGGUGUGUGAGGAAUUAUUUUUAUUUUUUUUCCCUGAUGUAUGGUGGGUUUCUUUGUUACGUCACCAGGAAGGGCAAACUACGAAUAAUUACAGAAGCAUGAGCGUAGUAAAAAAAAGAAUAUUAUCUCUUGGCGCAAUUUGAGGAAGCGCUGUUACACGCGGCAGGCGGGUUUCACUGUUGUUUCUCACGGGCUAUUAAUAACACGCGCCUUGCCUUACCCGGUUGUGUCUCGUGGCUCCAACCAUACACAAACGUCUUGAGACACUUUUGCAUUUGUAGGGCUUUUUUCAAUUCAGACAUGUUUAACCACAGGCAACCCAAGCGCACUAUUUGUGGGUUCUGGCUUCAGAGGUCAUUUGGUCGGAAUAUACUAGAAUUAUUGGUGUAUUAUCUGAUGCCAAAUAAUGCAAAAGUCUUAAGGAUAUGAAGUCUUCUUGUUUGUCUAUCUGUACUAGUAGCCUUUAAGAUAACGAAAAUCGAUAUUUCUUGCAUUAUUACAUGUGAUUCGGGCCCUUAUUGUUCGAAUUUUAUCACAUGUAUUCGAAUCUACAACGCUAAGAAAAAAAAAUCAUGAUCACGCGAAAUAUUGAUUCAAAAAGCUCCCUUACCUUUAGUUCAUAGCCACUCUGUGUCCUACGGUCGGUUUAAACGCCGUUUAGUCGACUUUCUUUCCAUCGAAUACUGAACACUAUAAAAGAAGGGAAGGCUGGAGACCUUCCAACCGACCCUCGCCGCUCGAAGGCCAAUAAAUUCCAAACAAAGCGACCGAUCUCCCUAAAAUUGCCACCAGCCAGACCGAAGAGUGUAUACCUACCCGUUCGAUGAGCGCCAGGUUCUAAAUUCGGCUCCAUGAGCUCGAGGAGCGUUGCAUUUCGCAUCGAUUCUGGCCAGCUUCGCUUCGCCAUGAUGCGCAAUCUGACUGUUAUCCUACGAGAUUUGAAUCUUGGAGCUUGGCGACCGCGUCAGAUCGACAAAACGUCACUCUCGAGGGGGAGGAUCGUCACUUUUGCCCUAUCGCAAACCGACACCGUCCAGGGAGCCGGUGCGUUUAAUUCGGCCGGAAACAGCUCACGCGUGUAUGACACAUGACACCCAAAAACGUCCCCAACUGUCUUUUCUCCGAUUUGAGAUGUAAAUCUUGCCAAUAACGGUUACAAAAUCAGUUCGUUGCAGUUGUCUGGAUCAGUAGUUCUGUUCAAGUUCGAUAUUUCCUUUCGUAUUUUAACAACAGUUCAUUCCAGAGCUACCCUAAAAUAUAUUUUUCUUCUUCACUUAGCUUGUUUGUUAGUAAAAAUCACGUGUAUUUCGGUUCCUGUGGCGAUCGCGUGUGUCUAGCGUUUGAAGAAAGUCUGUUGAUAACGAUGUUAUCAAAAGUAGCCAGACAAUAGGAGGAUUUUCCUCCGAAGAAGAAAAGAAAAUCUUUUGGCUGUUCAGAAGAGUGAAAAAUAUGGUAAGUGAAACAAAUUCUAAUAAUUAUGUCGGUGUCGGUUUGCGAUAGGGCAAAAGUGACGACCCUCCCCCGCGAGAGUGACGUUUUGUCGAUCUGACGCGGUCGUCAAGCUCCAAGAUUCAAAUCUCGUAGGAUAACAGUCAGAUUGUGCAUCAUGGCGAAGCGAAGCUGGCCAGAAUCGAUGCGAAAUGCAACGCUCCUCGAGCUCAUGGAGCCGAAUUUAGAACCUGGCGCUCAUCGAACGGGUAGGUAUACACUCUUCGGUCUGGCUGGUGGCAAUUUUAGGGAGAUCGGUCGCUUUGUUUGGAAUUUAUUGGCCUUCGAGCGGCGAGGGUCGGUUGGAAGGUCUCCAGCCUUCCCUUCUUUUAUAGUGUUCAGUAUUCGAUGGAAAGAAAGUCGACUAAACGGCGUUUAAACCGACCGUAGGACACAGAGUGGCUAUGAACUAAAGGUAAGGGAGCUUUUUGAAUCAAUAUUUCGCGUGAUCAUGAUUUUUUUUUUCUUAGCGUUGUAGAUUCGAAUACAUGUGAUAAAAUUCGAACAAUAAGGGCCCGAAUCACAUGUAAUAAUGCAAGAAAUAUCGAUUUUCGUUAUCUUAAAGGCUACUAGUACAGAUAGACAAACAAGAAGACUUCAUAUCUUUAAGACUUUAGGCAUUUAUUUGGCAUCAGAUAAUACACCAAUAAUUCUAGUAUAUUCCGACCAAAUGACCUCUGAAGCCCACAAAGUGCGCUUGGGCUGCUUGUGGUUUAACCCCUCUCCCCACGCUACAAACAACGUUGGACGAGUCUAUCGAGAAUUUCUUCCGAGUUUAACUAACAUUGUACAAGGUAGGGGAGGGAGAACUGCAAGACAAUUUCGAAAAGGAUGGACUGUCUUAUGAGGGAAACCAGAAUUAUCCUAAAAAUUAUGAAAACUGCAUCACUGUCCCAAGGACUUUUGUCCAGUAUUGUUGUUACCAAGCCUUCCAGCGUCCACCUGGAAAGCUUGGUACUAGAAUCACGCUUGCCAGUCUACUGUCUUCACUGCUCGAAGUCUAGUCGACUGAGGAGAUGCCACUCACGCUGUGGAACUUAUCUUAUGUUUUGUACUUAGGGAUGGUUUGCACAAACGACGGAGCCGGAGUCGUAAUCACAAGCAUAGAGCUUAUGAUCUAGUGACAACAGCGUUCCGACUCCGCUUACGACUCCGUCGCUUACGUUCCGCUUAUGAUCUAGUGAAAACCUGAUUGUCGGAGUCGGAAGCAGAAGCGGAAUAACUAAACCAAUCACAUAAUUUUCACUAGACCACAAGCGGAACGUAAGCGAUGGAGUCCUAAACGGAGUCGGAAGAAAUGGGAACGUUAUGAUUCUUCUGACUCCGAUUCCGUCGCGCUUACGACUCCGAUUUUUGAUUUUCACUAGGUCAUAAGCCCUCUUACGACUACACUUACGACUCCGACUACGACUCCGUCGCUAGUGAAAACCAGCCUUUAGUACGCAAGCGGGUAAUUUAUCCUUAAUUUAUUGUAUAAGCAAGCAACUUUCAGACCUUUCAGAAAUCAUAUGCAUUGCAAAGUUGACAAAAUUUGAGCCCGUGUUAAACAGUAGAAAAUAUCGCAACUCCACUUUACAAAUAACAUUCCUGCACACGCACGUUUAGUAUACUGUACAACAUCUCGAAACAGCCGGUUUCGCCCCCCCCCCCCCCCCCCCCCCCCCCCCCCCCCCCUUAUUGUUGAAAGCACCAAACGUCUGAACCUUCAGAAAAAACAAUCCAUGGAAACGUUAAAAAAUUUGGUGCCGCGUUUCAAAGAAAAAAAAAAUGCCACCCCCCUUUCUAAAAAACAAUCCCCCCCCCCCCCCUUUUUUGUACCGGUGAACCCCUCCCAAAACGCGGUUUUCCCCCCCCCCCCCCCCCCUUCGCGUUCGCCUCGUUGGAGUUUGACCCCCGAAUAAGAUCAUGAUUAGUGUUAAGCGUCUACAGUACUGAUUAGAGUUAAGUACUGACUCAAAAUGGUUAGCUUCUAUUCACUGGUAGGUUUGUUACUCUAUAAAGGUUAAGUCACGGGUCAACUCCGAGAAGUCGAAACAGGCAUAAAUACAACAUUUUUUGUUAACUGUCUUUUCUUCAUUUCCAAAGGUCAUUUCUCAUUGUCUUCAUUAUUACUUCGUCUUGCAUCUGGAGUUGGCUUGUUGACGUUAACAGCAACUGUUGUAGACAUUCUAGCGCUGUACAUCCUUCCUGAUAAAAUAAAAUACCGAAAAUGUGUCUACGAGGAGUCUCCGAUAUUAGAAAUGAAGAAGGAGCAAUAA